AACAAAGAAACAAGCCCAUAUUCAAAUCCCAUUUACACAAAAACAAAAACAAUCAAAGCUUCUUCUACAGUUCCACUCUCCCUUCCUUUCUCUGUCUUGAUCAUCGUCUUCGUUCUCCAUCUACGAUCGCCAACUACAUCAUCUCACAGAUCGAGAAACCAUGUCGGGGCAAACACAGCGUCUGAAUGUGGUGCCCACAGUGACGAUGCUUGGAGUGGUGAAAGCGCGUCUGGUCGGAGCCACCAGAGGCCACGCGCUUCUCAAGAAGAAGAGCGACGCUCUCACGGUGCAGUUUCGUCAGAUCCUGAAGAAGAUCGUGUCCACCAAGGAAUCAAUGGGUGACAUCAUGAAGAACUCUUCUUUUGCCUUAACUGAGGCUAAGUAUGUUGCUGGUGAUAACAUCAAGCAUGUGGUCCUUGAGAAUGUUAAGGAAGCUUCCCUCCGGGUCCGUUCUCGUACGGAGAAUGUGGCCGGAGUUAAGCUCCCUAAGUUUGAUUAUACUGCGGAUGGUGAUGCAUCGAAGAAUGAUCUCACCGGGUUGGCGAGGGGUGGCCAGCAGGUGCAGCAGUGCCGCGUCGCUUACAUCAAGGCGAUUGAGGUUCUUGUGGAGCUUGCUUCCCUUCAGACCUCUUUCCUCACCCUUGAUGAGGCUAUUAAGACCACCAAUAGAAGGGUCAAUGCUCUUGAGAAUGUGGUCAAGCCGCGAUUGGAGAACACCAUUAGUUACAUCAAGGGGGAACUGGAUGAGCUUGAGAGGGAGGAUUUCUUCAGGCUGAAGAAGAUUCAGGGGUAUAAGAGGAGGGAAAUUGAGAGGAAGAGGCUGGAGGCGGCUGCAAAGGACAAGCUUGGUGACAAGUUCCCCUUGCACAAAGAUGUUUCCUUCAAUUCUCAGAACUUGUUGGCUGCAGCGGGUGGCAAAGAUGAGGAUAUCAUUUUCUGAAUGCAAGUGUAUCUAGGGAGUGUGAGAGAGAGAGCUGGGUCCUUGCUUCUUCUUCAAGGGGUGGCUGCUGUGUCUUGAUGUGCUGCUGCUUUAUCUGCCGGGUGAGACUUCUCUACAAUUUGUUAAGGUGACAGUGUUCUGUAUCAUGAAUAAAGGGGCUUUAGUAUAUGUUUAUUUAUUUCUUUGUUAUUUAUGGACAUUUUUUUAUCAUGUUCAGAGGCAUUGAGACAGUCGUCAUUUCAUAGUAUGGUUACUAUCUGAUCCUAUGAAAGUUUAAGUUGUUCUGAUUAGCUAUAAUUUUCAUUUCAAAUUAUAGUAUAUGUCAAUAGAACAUAUGGCUCAAGCAGGAGUCGUCAGACACGUUGAUUUGUCCAUUGGCUUUAUUUCAAAUCCUAAUAGUUACCUUUUUUUUC